GAGGGUCAACGACGGCGGAAUUUUGUUUUUUAUGCUUCAUUCAUUCGACUUACAGUGUUUGUAAUGUGUACCUGUUGUAAGUGUGGAUCGACGUCGUCAAUUAUUCAAAAUGUGUCUUGACCAGUAACGAGACUGCACGGAAUUGUGGAAAUCUUUCUACGCGAAGAGAUUAGAUUACUUUUCAUUUGAGUUCCGGCGGUUGAAAGAGAAACUCUCCGAAUUCGAGGUGUAAAGCUUUGACUCAAAGCCACGUGGUUCCGAGCUCCGUGCAAGCCUUCCGUUCAAGACGAGGCGGGUGGCUUUGUAACGCCGAGUGAUAUCGGACUUACUAUUUUAUUUUGGUAUUUACGAAUCGCGCUGUUUGCUUUAGAUUAAGGCUAAGAAAAUCCCGAGUGCUUCUUCCAGAAAUACUCAGACCAAAUGUCGGUUUCGGUACGUGAAAUCCGGCUCGCACUUCCACGUCUGGGUUUGAAUGAAAUUCGGAAUCGCUGUGGGAAAAUUGGAAGGUUAACAAAUUGAAAAACAUUCCACAACGUAUUUGCACGAACAACUUGAUGAUUAGAUUAAUUGAAUCCCACGAAUUCCCAGCAGAGGAUGAGCAGAAAGUAAUUUUCAAAAAGCACAGGGAUUGGAUUAUGCGUUAAUGAAACAGCACAACAAAGUGUUAUCAUUGUAACAGUAAAGCGGAAUAAACAUAAUUGUCUAUGAUAAUGAUAAUGACAAUUACGAGAAUAACAGUACCAGCAAUAAAAACGAUGAUAUGAAUUUGUAUACAGGGUCUUAAGUAUCACCGCGAGUCAUGAAAUUUAAUCAGGGUUUAAAGGCCGGUGUAUAAAGCUCUGUACGGAGGAGGGAUUCCAUUUUAUUAAAGUGUGUGUGUACCGGUGAAGGUAUCGAAUGUUAUCGAUGCAUUUUUAGAAAUAAUCAGUUUUCCGUUAAACGAAACGUGCACAAGCAAACUGCAGUGCGUGCUUCGGAUUCUGUAAUCUUGUGGAAUGAGUUGAAAAUCGCUCAGCCCUCGCAGAAACUAGAGUGACUAACGUGGUUGUUAAAGAGACAGCAAGUAAAGCUCGUAGAAAAAGCUAAAAAGUCACAAGAGUGUCAUCUCAAAAAUGGAUUUCACCUUCGUUCUCUUCAUCAUUCUGCUCAGACAUCAAGCCGACGCUGUCAAGCUUCUCCAUAUCCACGUACCACCUUAUACUAUCAAGGGGGAAAAUGCGAUUCUUCAUUGCAGAUACGACUUGGGCCUAGACAAACUCUACUCAGUGACGUGGUACAAGGACCACGAAGAGUUCUACAGAUACGUGCCCCGGUCCAAUCCAACCCAGCACAGUUAUCUCGUCGACGGGGUUAAAGUUGACGCGCACAUGUCGGACAGCCAGCAGGUCUUCUUGAGGCACGUAAGCUUACGCACGAGUGGACUCUACAGAUGUGAAGUGAGCGCAGAGGCGCCGAGCUUCACUUCCGUUCAUGGCGACGGCCACAUGGAAGUUAUUUCGCUCCCUCAAGAGGAUCCGCAGAUCACGGGGGAGGAAAAAGUCUAUGCCAGUGGGGAUAUCCUGGCGCUAAAUUGUACGAGUAGCAAAUCCUUUCCACCAGCACGGCUCAAGUGGUUUAUCAACGGCGUUCCGGCACGCUCGGACUACGAGGCGCUGAUACAACAGCACGGUUUGGUUUCGUCCGUGUCGGGUCUUCGUCUGGAAGUUGGACCGCAUCACCUCACGGAGGGAAAAAUAAACGUGAGGUGUGAGGCGACAGUGCAAUCAAGUCGUCCAAUCAAGGAGCCGCUGAUUGAUUAUCGAAAGGCGCAAGUAUUCGUUCAGGGCAGCGCGUAUCUCCCGAGGCCAUGCUUGAUGUUGCUGGUUGGAUUUUUGACGGUCACUCGGCUACUUGCGCUUUCGUAAAUUCGGAAUGCGAGUACGGUGAGGAAGAACAUGAAGAAGAAAAAAUUCGUGACUAAAGACAAUCAGAGCAGCUGCGAAAAAUCAAAGUGGAUAAUCAUAGAGCUGCGGUCAGGUUAAUAUAUCAAUAAUUAUAUGUAUAUGUAUAUAUAUAUAUAUAAAACAUAUAUAUACGAAGUGUACAGAAAGUACGUGUGCAAUGUGGAUAGUUGAAUCGUCAUAUCAGUUUUGUAAUUAAUUAUAGUUAACGGUAUUCCUGUUCGAUCUAAACGAAGAGUAAACGUCGUGCUUUUCCUGAAUUAUACGGGGCUUGACUUGGAAAAUUUCUACCAUGAAUCCGGUAGGAUAAUUCAUCCGAAUUUGUUCAAAUACUUCCGUAAAACGUGUUUUGUAUUGUUGUAGGUUAUAAUCUUAUAACCGGACUGAACAUGAUAAAGCUUUUUGACAAAACAAAGCUGUGAAAUACAGAUAAGGAAAUAAGUGGACGAAUUGUGAUGAUUUUUUAUGUCUUGAAAUUUUUGUCACAACAAUGCUUGAAAAAAACGACAGACACUGUAAAAAAAGAAAUUGUACUAAUAAUA